AUGACCAAGAUCCUGCUGGAAUUCGACGUGGAAUUUCAUAACGGCGGCGCCGGUGCCAAUAAUGCACUCCUGACCAAUACUUCGUCGGCCGUUCCCAUCAACAACAUAGCCCACUCCCUCAUCAAACAAAUCCAACUGACUAUUAACAAAGGAGCCGUGACCGUCAAUGCCGAUCACUACCAUCUGGAAGCUUACUUCGACCGACUGCUAAACUACUCUGAAGAAGAAAAGAAAUCCUUGCUGUCUCUGGAAGGAUGGGCCACCGAUACGCCCGACAAGUUUGAUCAGCUCAAUCCCAACGACUUGGCCAUCGCGAAUCCCGCUGCGUGGGCCGGUAAUGCACCCACGGUCGCUGAAGUAGGAGACGCCAUUCGUGCCGCUGCCACUCGCGUCACGCCCAACCAAGGAGCCAAGGAACGUGUUGGAUUGUGUUGUCAAGACCGAGCCGUCAAGUUCAUCCUCAGACCCGUCAUUCCUCUCUUCUCCAGCCAGCGCUACUUGACUCCCGGUUGUGAAUUGAAAUUCCGAAUCCAAUGGAAUCCUCGAGAAUUGGUCAUGAUGAAUGGUCCCACCGUGGGGGUUACGACCAUUACCCAACCCAACGCUUCCUACAGAAUAGUCAACUAUUCUCCCAAGUUGCACAUUCGUCACGUGGACGUCAACAGCGAAUUGCACAUCAAGAUGGAAGCUGCCAUGCUGGAAAACCAAGACAUUGCCCUCUACCCUUACUUCACCAACAGAACCGUUACCCACACCGUUCCCAAUGGUCGACGACGGGCUCAGAUGCACAACGUGUUUCARGGGUACCGACCCAACUACAUGAUCAUUGGAUUUCAGCGAGGAGACGCUUUCGACGGGGAUAUAGCUCAUUCUCCUUUCAACUUUCAAGACAUGCAUCAAUCGUCCCUUCGUGUGACCGUCGACG